CGAGGCGGGCUUCCCUCCAAACCGGAAGCGCCUCCCUGGUGUGCCGUCUCCCUCAGCAAUGGCGUCGCUGGGGCGGAGAGGGCCUCGUUGGCGGGAAGAGGCGCCGGAGGAGAGGCAGGAGAGAGGCCGGCGCGGCUGGAGGGAGGCCUGGAGCCCCGAGAGGGAGCCGAGGCUAGGCCGGGAGAGGUCGUGGAGCCCCCGGGAGCGGAGGGCAGGCUCUUGGGCCUCCCUGGAAGGCCCGGGGCGCUGGAGCCCGUCGAGCCCGGGCGUGAGGGCCUCCGUGGAGCGGGGGAGGGCGCUGAGGGCUUCCCCGGAGAGGCCUUGGAGCCGGGAGCGGUCCUGGGGCAGCCCUGACUGGGCCAGCCGCGGCUCCUGGGACUCCUUGGCCGAGACUGGCCGCGCCAGGGAAGCCAGCGCCUUAUGGAGCCCGCCAAGGCCCCUCAGCCGCACGCCCAGCCCUCCAAAAGGGUCGCCCCCGAGGGGGAGGAGGAGCAGGCAGCGGUGGGAACCCAACGUCGAGUGGGAGGCCCAGCCGGUGAAGAGGCCCCGCUGGGAGCCGCAGGACCAAAGCCGGAGGGGGCCGGGCGGUUGGAGCACCCCAGAGAUGGAUGAAGAGCCCUGGGAGGAGACGAAGCAGGAGUGGCGUGACAACCCGGAGAAGUGGCGUGGUCCGGCACCCUCCGAAAUGCCCCGGAAGAGGAGAAGGAGGGCUGGACGUGGCCACCUGAAGAGGGGGUGGAGUGGCCCCCGGGGGAGAGGAAGGGGGUGGAGUGGCCCCGGAAGGGCCUUUGCCAUGGAGGCUCAGAACCCGCAGCCCCACAAGCAACAGGCAGAGGAGGGGUCCUUCCGCGAACGGACCCCAGAGCCGUCGAGGAGCCGUUACAGCGAAGAGGACAGCGCCGCAGACGGCCGUGAAAAGUUGGGAGAAUGGAGCCCUGAGAGCGAAGCAGAGGAUGGAGAGGAGCGGAAGGACGAAAGGGUUUCGAGCAGGAAAGGCAAGCCUCACACCAAAGCGGCCACUGCUUCUGCUGACUCCACCGUCGUCACCACCUCCUUUCCUUCUUCUGCCAACCACUCCACCGCCCGCGCCAAGUGGGUGCCCUGCAAAGCGGUGGCGCACUUUUGGAUGAAGCAGUGCCAAGUCACCAUUGGGAAGAAGGCGCGGACCUACCUGCGCACCACCUGUCCCCGGCCCUGGCUGCCUGACCGCUCCACUCAGACCCCCGGCUUGAACAAGAGACUCAUUCUCCAGCUGAAGCGGCCACACCUGAAGCGGCUCUCUUAUGCAUCCCACAAGUGGCAGCUGCUUCAGAAUGAGUUGCUGGACAUGGCGGCACCGGCCAUGACGAUCUAUGAGAUGGCAGAGGAAGCCCUGGCCAAAGGGGAGGCGGUGGAGCCUCUGGAGCUGCGGGAAUGGGCUCGGCACCUGCUCCGCUACAUUGGCAGCCUCAGUCAGCGGCUCCUUUUCUACCGCCGCAGCGAUGUCCUGACCGCUAUCAACCCACAGCUGAGGAGCAUGGCCACGAGAAUGAACGCCCGCACUGCCAACGGGUGGCUCUUCACUGAAGACAAUAUGAAGCUCCUGGACGACCUUCUCAUAAAGUUCCCGGAUCUGAUGCACGCCCCUCUGGAAUGUACCAGGCUGGGAGACCCCCGGGGCGGCUCCCAGGUGGAGCCAUUCAGACCUGCAGGCAGAGCCCAGCCGGACCGCACAAGGCACAGGAGCAUCACCGAAGACUUUCCAGAGGCGAGACCUUCGAGCUCUUAUGCCUGAUGUAUGAAACCGUCCCUGUUAUUCGUGUAUUCUUGAGGCUUCUUCUCACUGCUUCUAAGGAAGAAUCCAGAAAAGUGGAAAGGCAACGAAGCCAGAAAUGUUACGGUGGGAACGUUCCCGUUGAGUUUUUGUUCUCGUUUCCUCUCCGCAUAGUGGGCUCCGUUGACUGCCUAUGAAAUAGAGAACCAGCCCUCCUUCCUUUUCCUGCGGCCAGAGCCCUGCGGAAAGGAGCUAUUGGGUUCGAUUCAAACCCUUUGUGUUCGUUUCUUGUUUUGCGACUCGGAGCCAGAUUUCCAGAAGGGGAUCAUAAUGUCUUCAGAAGUGCAGCCACCUCAUCCCUCCUUUUUGUUUUGUUUUGUUUGUUUCCCUUCUCUUGAGUCCGAGCCAUUGUUGAAUAUUUGCUUGGAAUAAAUGCUAGUUUUUGGUUUCGAAAAA